UGGUUGAGCUACUUGCCACUGCGAAAAUAAUAAAACUACUAGAGCUAGAUGAGACCCAUUUAGUUCCCAUACUAACCUAAAUAAUGGUGUCGAACCUAAGUAUUUUUUUUUUGUUUAAAGUGUGUGGGGUGCUGUGCAGUGAAGUGGAUCUGAUCUUUUGAACCAUAAAAAUACGAUAAAAUAUUUCUUCCAACAACGACAUUCGAGCCUUGUCAUAUGUGGCGGAAUGCGACAACAGGUUCAUUCAGGCAGUCUUUCUUUCAUGGUCAAACUCGACGUUUGACUAGUUUUCUUUUACACUAUUUAUUAUGAAUUCGAUUCUUUCUGCUUUGAAUCCGAUGCCACAAGACAUCAACAUGCCAAUGAUGACUCGAGCGCGAUCGCUGUUGAAUAACGUUAAUGGAUCUUCUUCGAGUUCGACCAACGAUCAGUAUCUAUCGCAAGCAUCUGAUAAUACAAAUCAUCUACCGCCUUUGAAGUCAGAACAAGUGGUCGAUGAAAGCAACGCAAGUACUUCUCAAAAUUCGAAUAGCAAAUCUGCCAAACAAUUGACUGGGAAUUCUUCUACGCACAACCAAUUACUUCCAGCUGUACAUCUUAACCCAACUGAUACACCUCACAGUCCUGUCCAAAAGAAUGGAUCAACAAAGCCAAAAAUAAUGGUUGCAACACCCGGACAGAUUUUGGAUUUGUAUCUCAACAAAUUGACUCCAUACGAGGAACAAGAAAUUACAAUGUAUAGUCAUAUUUAUUUCAUAGGCGCUAACGCCAAGAAGAGACCUGGUAUAAUUGGAAGAGGAAAUAAUUCCACAUACGACAAUGAACAUGGUUCCUAUUUGCAUAUCCCUCACGACCAUAUAGCGUAUAGGUAUGAAGUACUGAAAGUGAUUGGAAAAGGCAGUUUUGGGCAAGUGGUGAAAGCAUAUGAUCAUAAAAAUCAUCAACAUGUGGCUUUAAAAAUGGUACGCAAUGAAAAAAGAUUUCAUAGACAAGCUCAGGAAGAAAUCCGAAUUUUGGAGUAUCUGAAGAAACAGGACAAAGAUAAUACGAUGAAUAUUAUUCAUUUGUACGACAGUUUCAGUUUUCGGAAUCAUAUGUGUAUUACAUUCGAACUUUUGUCUAUCAAUCUGUACGAUCUUAUCAAGAAAAACAAAUUCCAGGGUUUUAGCCUGCAACUAGUCAGGAAGUUUUCACACUCUCUUCUGCAAUGCUUGGAUGCACUACAUCGUAACAAGAUAAUUCAUUGUGACAUGAAACCAGAAAACGUUCUACUCAAGCAGCAGGGAAGAAGUGGUAUAAAGGUGAAGGUAAGACCAGAGGUAUACCGGGAUCGAGGGAACUGUACAGUGCACUAGGCUCCUGCGAUGACCUGCUGUUUGUUGACUUCGUGCGGCGUUGUUUGGAAUGGGAUCCCGACAAGCGGAUGACCCCGAGCACUGCGCUCAGACACAACUGGCUGCGUCGUCGACUGCCACGACCGCCGGCCAACUCGGACCCGUCGCUGCGGAUGACCACACGUAGUCAGUCACAUACAACCGCCGCUGCAAACAAACUCCGCGUCCAGUUGUCUGAUGACCGCGCGACUACCAUCCACUCGCGUCACUCCCAAGCCACCUCCAGCAAACUGCCGCAUCUGCCGCCUGCCGCCUCAGAUAUGCCCCUCACGUAACCAUAAAGUAAGUGUCUGUAAGAAACGGAUCAAAUCUGUAAUCCACUUUGCCGUCGGUUUACAGAUCUCAGAAACCUACUUUGCAGUGGGUUUACAGAUCUCAGUCAACUCAAUUUGCCGUGUAACCCGUACGAUACGAGCCUUGAAUCAUCACAAUCACAAGGUGCAGUAGGUAUUGUUGGUUUCAGACAGUGAAAGAGUGAAGCUUUGAGUAAUGUUUUGAAACCAUAUGGAGCUUCGAGUCAUGUUGAUUUCACUUUGUAAUCUUCAAAUGAUUUAUUGGUUUUAUUCGAAUUAGGUCUUAUUGGUUUCAGACAGUAGUAACAGAGUGAAGCUUUGAAUAAUAUUGAUUUUAGUCAAUCGAAUCUAAGUAAAUUUUCAAAUUAUAUUUAUUUCACUGUAUUAGAAACUAAGUAACGCUUCAAAUAAUGUUAAUUUAAUUCUUUAAAAUGAUAUUUUUAUGAUAUUAAUGAUCAUUCUCAAUGAUAUUAUUACUUUUUAUAAGAAACGAACUGAAUAUUUGAAUCAUUUCACUCCAAAAGAAUUUAAACGUUACAUCAUCUUCAUACUUCUCAAUUCCACUGGUAGUUAGUUAAACAAUGAGUCGUGUUCAUUUGACUUUGUUACAAACUCUGUUCAGAAUUAAUUUUCCAUGACUUGAAUUUUGAAUCAUUUUCAUUUUACACAGAAGGAAACAAACCAUUAGAAUUAGAUACUUGGAAAUUAGAAGAGAAAUUAAACUGUUCCAGCAUUGCUUCUAUUGUUAACAAAUUUACUGUACAGUGAUUGCGUGAGUAUGAAAGUUUUAAAAUGAUAAUGUGACGAGAAGAAUUUCUUCGACUUUGUAAAUAUAAAUAUCUUCCCCAUUUAAUAAGAUCAAAUGUUUGAAAAUAAUAUGAGGAGAAGGAUUCCUUCGACUUUGUAAAUAGAAAUAUCUUCCUCGGAUAAUGGGAUCUUACUAGGCUAUUUGAUUUGUUCCUCUAUAUCUGUUUAAAUCCUCAAAAUUUGUGUUUGAUAUCUUUAUAUAUUUUUAAUAUCAUUCGAUUUGAAUAUCAUAUGACGAAAACUGUUUUUUAUACGUCAGGAGGCUACCUUAUUCUGGAAAAUUAGUGACAUAAUCUAAAUUGAAAAUAUUAUGACAUUAUGUCUGUUUCUAGAUACACUUCAUUGCAGCCUCGUCUAUUUGGAUGGGAUUUCAACUGAUCGUAGGAAUUUUCUUCUUCCUUCAAUAGAAACGAAUGAUGAAGAAGAGAAGCCGCGUGCUUAUUAGAAUCCCGGUGCAAACAUGUUGAUCAAAGGUUAUCCAGUCCAGCUAGUGCUAGAGCAAAUAAUAUCUGCCGAGGUAAGUUAUCUGUUCUGAAAACUACUUUCAACACUGGAGGUUUCGUCAAACUUGAAAAAAAUCCUUGUAAAAAUUCUCCUCACGUCUCCAUAGUUUCUGAAUCUUUGGUUUCUAUUAAAAAAAAAACAAUAGCUCAUUACCUGUUGUUGAGCAUGAUUCUAGUUCUUCUCUUACCACCGAUAAAUCACCUCUAAACGUUUCAUCUGAUGUGGUCACUGCUGUAGAAUUCGUUUCUGAAAACAAAGAAAGCAAAGAAAUUUGGAACCAAAUUCUGGAAUCAAUACUCCACUUACGUACAACACUUAUCCAACAAUCGCUGAUGAAAAUCUCCCAGAGCAAUUUAUCUGUUCAUAUCUAUGUUUCAGUACCAACUUGUCUAAAAAAGGAAAGCAACAAAAUGCAAGUCAAUACUGAAAACAGUGAUGGCUCUUCUCCAAUUAGCUCUAAUACAACUAGGUUCACUGAAUCAACAAAUUUUGUGGACUCACGCAUGGAAAACAUUUCAAUCAAGGCAGAAACCACAUUGGUGAGCAAUAUCAAAUAAAAUGUAAAGGUUAAACAAGAGAUUGUCAGUCCAAUACCUACUGACUCUGAUAUUCCAAGCUUGUCAAUUCGAAAGGAUAUACCCAUCGAGGAUAUGUGAUCAGUGAACUUUAUAUCCUAGUAGUAGAGAGUCGGCACAAUAGCAAUGCAAAUACAAGCAGAAAUAGUUUGCAAAAGAGUUUAGUGCGACAAGAAGAUGAGUUCCAUUUCGCUGAAUCACAUUAAUAAGAUUCUCAGUGAGAAGCGAACGGAAAUAAAUGUUAAACUUCCAGUGUAUUGAAUAGAAUCUAAGGUGAGUAAUUCUCAUCAACCAUUCUUAAAUCCGAAAUUGCAAGAAAAGUUGGAAAGGAAAAAUGCAGCUAUCGUAUUUUCACCACAUAAGUUGAAUUGUUUAGAAAUUAUUUAUCGAUGGUAAGAGAAGAACUGGAAUCAUGAGUUAUUGUUGAUGUUAGUAGAAUCAGAAUUUUUAUCAACUAUGGAUACGUGAGGAGAAAUAUCACAAGAAUAAUUAUUUUCAAGUUUGACGAGACUUCCAGUGUUAUUAGUUAAGUGUUGAGUUUUCAGAACAGAUCAAUACAUUUUUUGUGAAAGACGGUCUAACCCGUGUCUUCACUUGGCAGUUCACCAACCACAACUCUGUUUAAACUUGGUUGCAUGUGAAUUACUUGCCUUGAAUUCUUUUCACGACACUGGAAGAUAGACAUUUAUUUCCGUUCGCUUCUCACUGAGAAUCUUAUUAAAGUGAUUCAGCGAAAUGGAACUCAUCUUCUUGUCGCACUAAACUCUUUUGCAAACUGUUUCUGCUUGUAUUUGCAUUGCUAUUGUGCCGACUCUCUACUACUAGGAUAUAAAGUUCACUGAUCAUAUCCUCGAUAGGUUUAUCCUUUCGAAUCGACAAGCUUGGAAUAUCAGAGUCGGUAGGUAUUGGACUGACAAUCUCUUGUUUAACCUUUACAUUUUAUUUGAUAUCGCUCACCAAUGUGGUUUCUGUCUUGAUUGAAAUGUUUUCCAUGCGUGAGUCCACAAAAUUUGUUGAUUCAGUGAACCUAGUCGUAUUAGAGCUAAUUGGAGAAGAGCCAUCACUGUUUUCAGUAUUGACUUGCAUUUUGUUGCUUUCCUUUUUUAGACAAGUUGGUACUGAAACAUAGAUAUGAACAGAUAAAUUGCUCUGGGAGAUUUUCAUCAGCGAUUGUUGGAUAAGUGUUGUACGUAAGUGGAGUAUUGAUUCCAGAAUUUGGUUCCAAAUUUCUUUGCUUACUUUGUUUUGAGAAACGAAUUCUACAGCAGUGACCACAUCAGAUGAAACGUUUAGAGGUGAUUUAUCGGUGGUAAGAGAAGAACUAGAAUCAUGCUCAACAACAGGUAAUGAGCUAUUGUUUUUUUUAAUAGAAACCAAAGAUUCAGCAACUAUGGAGACGUGAGGGGAAUUUUUACAAGGAAUUUUUUCAGGUUUGACGAUACUUCAGUGUUUGUAGUUUUCAGAACAGAUACCUUGGAAGUUAUCAUUUGCUCUAGCAUUAACUGGACAUCGGCAUUUCAAGCUCUCUAUUGAAGUAUAUCUAGAGGUUAUCUAUACAAACUUCAAUAAAGUUUGUCUAGAGAUUAUCUAAAGACUAUCUAGAAAUCUAGAUUAUCUUCAGAUUAUCUAGAGAUACAGUUUGUCGCUUUGUGAGAUCGGACUCCUUAAUUUUUUUAUGGUAUGUGUAUUUCUCAAUUUUUUUAAAAUCCUUGGACUUCUUGUUUGGUUCGUCAUUCGAGAUCUGUCACCAGGUCGUCUACUAUUUUAUUUAGAAUGGAAUCGCAAAAACAUUUAUAUAUUUUGGCUAUGUAUGAUACUGAGAUAAGCACAGUCCUAUUUUUAACUGGUUUAAUGUGUUCGUUUGUACAAUUUUAUAGAAGGGACUUCCAUGCACAAUUUUUGUUUUCAUUUUCGUGUUUCAAGCUCUCGUGAUCUCUGAAACAAUGAUGAUUCAAGGCUUGGAGAAUUUGAACAUUAUACCCACAAACAUAACUAAAAAUAAGUUUCUGUUAUUUUCCAUUGAUUAGUGUGUGAUGUUAAUUCUAAGGUGAGCGUGAAGCGUUGUAUAACAGAUAUACGUGUAUGAUCUAGAUUUAAUAAGUCCAAGUCUGUUCUAAAUAAAUAACGAAAAAAAUGUGAUUAAUAAUGUGUUAUUUUGUGAUGUUAUUUUCUACGCUCUGCUUAUUUCGCUAAACAAAUUAUUGUCAAUUUUAAAAUGAUAUACAUCAGUUUGGGAAGUAAUUGUCUAAUGUUGGAAAUUAUCAUCAGCUUUCACAAGAUUAUGUUUUUAAAAGAAAAAAAAUGCCAUUGUAAUUGACUUGACGGAAACAAGCUUCAAACAAUGUGAUUAAUAUUGUAAGAAUUUAAUGAGAGAUUUACUAACUAUGGUUUCCAUGUACAGUAACAUGGAAAAGUUAAACUCUCAAACAGUGUUCAUGUUGAGCUUAAUCAUGGACGUUGAAAGAGAAUUUAGAAGACUAAUCGACUAAUGAAUAAGUUCUCUCUAAAGUUCAUCUGCCAAUAAUUUGAAAACAUCGUUUUUACAUAAAUAUUUGUAUCAUGUUGUUUUGAAUUUUUGCAUAGCAUAUGACUUUGUUUCUGUACUCAUUUCUAUUGUUCUGCAAAAUUAACUCUGAUUCCCAAACUAUCAUCUAGUUUUUUUCCAAAUUUAUUAUAAUAUGCACCAAACGUUACCUUAUAUUAGUGGUGAUUCAUCCGGCCUAACUUUAAUUAUUUGUUUAGAAGAGAGUUUUAUUUAUAUUCUGGUAGUUUUUUGAAGUUUAAUAUAUUAUUUUCUCAAAGAUUGCCCAUACAUUUUCCCGAAAAGAAUAAACCUUUGCACUGUAGCAUUUGUAAUAAUAAUGUGAAAAUUGUGUUAAUAGUCUGAUGUCUGAUCACAUGAACAACAGAAUUGCAAGUACAUACACGUUAGCCUUCAAUAAACUCUAGCUUGAUCAUUGAUCACUGUUCAUUCAUUAAUUGUUGACAUGUGAUUCUAACUCUUAAAUACUGAAACUAAUUGAUAAAGUAGUUAACUUUUGGUCCGUUAGAUUUAUUAUGAUACUUGGCAGAAUGUUGAAACACAAUUUUCCAUUGUGACUUAGAUGUUAAGUAAGUUGGUUAAUUCUAACAAAUGCACUGAAACCAUUUUCAAAUUGAUUAAGUCUUGUCAGUUCUGUCGAAAUUCUUGACAUAAUUUUGUCUAGAAAACAAUUUUUUAACAUGAAUUUAUUAUGUAGUAAGACAGUUGAUACGCUUAAAUUGAUACAUAAGUAAUUAUUGCAAAAAUGAACAGUAAAAUAUAGGAUAAAUUUUGGAUCCCUUUUUUGAGAAAAUUGUAUGUCAUGAAAAUGGUAUCUAUUAUAACUUCCAUUUGUUAGUCAUGAUUUACUUAUAAAUUAUGAAGUGUAAUUUCUGUAAUAUUGUCACCGCCAUAAGAGAUAAAAUAUUGUUAAUUUAUAUUUUUGUUUUUAUAGAACAUUGUUGUUGAUAAUGUAUAGCUAGCUAAUAUUGUGUGUCUAGUUUAUAAGCAAUUAAUAUAGCAUACUGUAAUUCAAGGUGUCUCAACCUGUGUAAAAUAGUUAUUAGUAGUACCAUUUAGAGUUAU